AUGUGCCAUGACAUUUUGCUGCAAACUCUCCAAGUCACAGGUAGCAUUGACACUCCCACUACCCCUGCGAUUUACAACGGAAGGCUUCUCUUGGAAGACUUGGCUAUGGCAAUUGGAGGUGAACUAUUGGACAGAAAUGAAGACGCCUGUCCUAAUCGCCUCAUUCUCAGAGAAACAACCUACAACAUCCACAAGCUCAAACAGUACAUUGCUGACAACGAGCCUCUUCUGAAUUCCGAUCAAGCUAACGUAUACAAUUUCUUCCUCGGAAACAUCUACACAAACACUGACGGAAUCAUCUUCAUAGAUACACCCGGUGGAACUGGAAAAACAUUCUUCCUGAAUCUUCUUCUUGCGAAGUUGCGGCAUAAUGGUGACCUUGCUAUUGCUGUUGCCUCCUCAGGAAUAGCCACGACUCUUCUCGAUGGCGGACGAACAGAACACUCUACCUUCAAAUUGCUUUUCAAUGUAGCACAUCAAGAAAACCUAACGUGCCACGUAAUGCAUUCCUCGGACGAAGCGACAAUUUUGAAAAAGUGCAAACUCAUUGUUUGGGAUGAAGCAACUAUGUCCCAUAAAUGUUCCGUACAAGCACUUGAUACCACAAUGAGAGAUCUUAGAUCGAGCAACAACAUCCUUGGAGGUGCGACUCUUCUUUUUGCAAGAGAUUUUCGACAAACUCUACCUAUUAUACCCAAAGGAACACACGCUGAUGAACUUAAUGCCUGCCUUAAAAAAAAGCCUCCUUUGGUUGCAUGUCCAGUCGAAACAACUCACCAUCAACAUGAGAUCACUCCCACAGACUGGUCAGCCUACAACCCAGUUUUCGGAAAUGCUCCUUAA